CAGAGGAAAUAUCUGAGAGCUGUGCGCGUCUGUCUCCCCUAUCGCCACGCCCUCUUGUCCGGCCUCCUUCCUCGCUUUGUCCACGGCGGGGAGCGGGAGCGGGGGUCACCGGAACCGAGGGUUCCAGUUCAUAGACAGGAGUACGAUCAAAGAGGAUGAACCUGUGGGCCGACGACAACGCCUCCAUGAUGGAGGCCUUCAUGGCCGGCACCGACCUCGUCCAUGGCUUCCCCUGGGCGACUCCACCUCCCACCCCUCCUCGGCCCUCCGGUAUGGCCUCGUCCUUGGAUCCUGGGAGGGCUAUCGUCGGCCCUCCCACUCCCUCUUCUCCUCCGUCGGCGUUCUUCAACCAGGAGACGCUCCAGCAGCGGCUGCAGGCCCUGAUCGAGGGGGCCCGGGAAAGCUGGACCUACGGCAUCUUCUGGCAGUCGUCGGUGGAUGCCGCCACCGGGACGUCCUUCCUCGGGUGGGGCGACGGCUACUACAAGGGCUGCGAGGAGGACAAGCGGAAGCAACGGGCCGCGAGCACCGCCUCGGCUGCCGAUCAGGAUCACCGCAAGCGCGUCCUGCGGGAGCUCAACUCGCUCAUCUCCGGCGGCGUGUCCUUGGCGCCGGACGAGAUCGUCGAGGAGGAGGUCACCGACACGGAGUGGUUCUUUCUAGUCUCCAUGACCCAGUCCUUCGUCAACGGGGCCGGCCUCCCCGGCCAGGCCCUCUGCGCCGGCGCGCCCUACUGGAUCGCAGGCGCCGGCCGUCUAUCCGCGGCGUCGUGCGAGCGCGCGCGGCAUGCCCAGUUGUUCGGCAUCCAGACCAUGGUCUGCGCUCCCGUCGGCUCCGGCGUGCUCGAGCUCGGAUCCACCGACACGAUCCUCUACAACCUCGACCUCAUGGGCAAGAUUCGCGUCCUCUUCAACUUCAGCUCCCGGGACGCGCCCGACACUGCGGCGGCCCCAUCAUGGCUCGCGCAGCAAUCUGUUGCAGCGACUCCCGCCGCCGGCCACGGAGAGUCGAAUCCACCGGUUCUCUGGCUCACUGACCCCUCCACGGUCGAGAUCAAGGACUCCGUCUCCCGUGUCUCGACCUCCGUCGGCAUCUCCGUCACGAAACCACCGAUCCAAUCCGACAGCAAUCCUAGCUCAAGUAUCCUCACCGAGAACCCAACCUCUGCUAUGCAGAUCCCAAAAGUCCACGACGACCACCAGCGACAGAUCCACCAACUGCAGCAUCAGAGCAGCUGCAGUAAACCGCAGGCCCAAUCUUUCAUGUCCAAAGAGUUCGAUUUCUCCGGAUUCGCCUCGAACGGCGCGGUCGCUCCCGCCCGCUCGUUCAAGCCGGAGUCUAGGGAUAUCCCGAGUUUCGCCGGUGGCAAGAGGGAUUCCUCGCCGGCUCCUGUCGCCAGCAGCCUCUUCUCCCGCCAACAAGCUACCGCUGUGGCGGACGACAAGAAGACCAACAGAUCCACGGGAGCGACAUCCAGGGCGAGCAACGACGGCGAGGGGAUGCUCUCCUUCUCGUCGGCUCCUGCAAGAGCCCCCUCCAGUGGCCAAUUGAGGUCAUCUUCCGGCGGCGUCCCCGAUGGACCCGAUUCGGAUCAGUCCGAGCUCGAGCCAUCGGUACGGGAGGUGGAGAGCAGCCGGGCGGUGGAACCCGAGAAGCGGCCGCGGAAGCGUGGCCGGAAGCCCGCCAACGGCCGUGAGGAGCCGCUGAACCACGUCGAAGCUGAGCGGCAGCGCCGCGAGAAGCUCAACCAGAGGUUCUAUGCCCUCCGUGCGGUGGUUCCCAAUGUGUCCAAGAUGGACAAAGCCUCCCUCCUGGGCGACGCCGUCUCCUACAUCAAUGAACUCCGGUCAAAGCUGCAAGCUUUGGAGGCGAACAAGGAGGACCUGCAAGCACAGAUUCAAGGCCUCAAAAAGGAGCGUGAAUCCGCCCCAACGCAGCGGCCUGAGAGCAACCUUAAGACGAUGAACGGCGGCGGUCGAUGUCACGGGGUUGAAAUCGAGGUGAAGCUACUGGGAUCGGAGGCCCUGAUCAGGUUGCAGAGCCAAAAGAGGAAUCACCCAGCUGCUGUGCUGAUGGCUGCCCUGCAAGACCUUGAUCUGGAAGUGCAUUACGCAAGCGUGUCGGUGGUGAAGGACCUCAUGAUCCAGCAGGCGACGGUGAAGAUGUCGAGGCGGGUGUUCACGCAGGAGCAGCUCAGCUCUGUUCUCUACGCUAGAUUGGCGGCUGAGGCCUUAUCUAGUUGGUAGGUCAGUUUUGGUGGGGAACGCUAGCAAAAGCGGCUGGCUCUUACUGCCGCCAUGGAGGUUUGUUGUUGUAAGCUAAGCCUCUGUCUUAUGUUUGGUGUGUGUAUAUAUGUAUAUAUAUAUUACUGUUCCUCUGUAACUUGGUGGCAACAAAGAAACGGAGGAAAGAGAGGAGACUGGA